AUGCAGGAAGAAAUUUUGGACGUUUUGAGGAAUCCGUUCAUAGUUUUCUCUCUGUCUUUCUUGCUCACCGUAUGUGUGGUGAGAUUUGUUCGUUAUUAUUAUCAUUUUUUUUCAUUUAUCGUUUCAGGUGAGUGGUUCACACCAGCUUGGAGACGCGGUCGAUCUUGAAUUCCAAGCAUACCGACUGCAGCAAUAUGAAAUUAGUGGCAAUAUGUACGGAAGUUAUAACUAUCGCUUGCAAUAUGAAGCAGUUUCUUUAAAUUCUAAAGCAUUAAGAAGGUAAAACACAGAUUUUAAAUGUUUUGGAGCAUUAUGUUUGAGAUGUUUUGUGGCGACAUGGAGAGAAGUCGCCAGGAGAGAUUUGGACGAGUUGUUGUCGUUGAGCUCUGGAGCGUUGCUCAUUUUCAUCCCAUCUGAUUUGGAUGUUCUCACGGAAGCCGACCGCAAGGUAUAUAUUUGCAAUUUCCCUUUCACAAUGCUUUUUUUUAAUGUUAAUCGAUACAUUUUUUAAAAAGUACCUUUUUAGAAUGUUUUUUUAUUUCACUAAAGUUGUUUCGGUAUCAUUUUUAUUUUGACAUCUUUUGAACUGCUUCAUUUUUUUUUUUGAAAUUAAGUUAUGCAUAAUAAAUGCCAUUUUCAUUAUGCCUUGUUUAAAGUUAUUUCCACGAAAUUCAAAAAUAAUUCUGACUGACGGCUAUUUUUAGUUUUGCGCAAUCUCUUUGAACACGGCAUUCUUUUUCACAUCGUAUGCUAAAGCUCGACAAUAAUCGAAGAAGUUAAGUUAUUCAUCGAUCUCGAAACUCGUCUGAGAAGGACGAAGACAGAUUUGGCGGUGUACGUCGCUCCGACGUCUUCUGAAGGGCCGGCGGUGUUGGCGGACAUUGAAGCGACAAGCAGCGUAGAAUCGACGGCUACCCAACAGCUUGUUAGAUCUGUUGCGGCCAAUACGAUUCAGGUGAUUCAUUGAAACAUUUUUCUAUUAAUUUUUUCUGAAAUGUAGCAUUAUAUUUUCUUUCUUUGCAGUUCACAUCUUCUGACACGCAGACCGGGGACGCAAUCACAUAUAAGCCCAACAAUAUUGUGGUUUUUUCAGUCCUCUCGCUUCGAUUAAUGAGCAUGUUUUCUUUUAGGGACGCCUUAAUAGUGGCGAAAGAUCCGCUCCGACCAUUGCUUUCGUCGCUCAUUACGACUCACACGCUGUUUUCCCGGUUAAUUCCUUUUUGGAAACUUCGAAUCACGCAAAUAUUUAUUUAAAAAAUUUUCAGGGAAUUGCCAACGGUUCGGAUUCCAACGGAAGUGGUAUUGUUGCGUUGCUAGAACUUUUGGCAGUUUUCAGCAAAUUUUACGAAAAACCUUCCACUCGCCCACCUUAUAACUUGGUGGGAAAAUAUUGGAUUAUCUAAGAGAUAUUCAAAAAAAUUUAGGUUUUUAUUUGGACUGCAGCUGGAAAAUACAAUUACCAAGGUGCUCGUCAGUGGAUUGAAGACUAUCAAAAGGGAACCGAAGGUCUCUUUUUUUUUACUCGUAUUUCUUUGGUGUUGAUUCAAAAUCAUAUGCAAACUUCCGUAAUUUUUUCGACUUAGUAGAAAAAAAAAUUUACGUUGUUUUAUAAUAAUCAAGAAACCCGCAUUUUGUUAUAGUUCUUCCAUCCUUUUUCUGUCGUAAAAACCAGCUCAUUUUAUCUUUGCGAAGAUCUGAAUAUUUAUUAAAAACGAAAUCAUUUUGAAUUGAAAAAAAUUUUUUUAACUGGACCUAAUAACUGAAAAACAUGUGGUCUUCGAUAUGUUGAUGAAAUUAUGAAGAAAAACUUCUAAAAAAAAUUAAGUUUCUUGAAAGUUUUUCAACUCUCUUCUCAAAAUUUCUAUAUUUGGCCUUACAGCCUAUCAGUCUACGAUCAUAACACAUAGUUAAUUCAUAGACGAAAAACUGGAAAUUGCGCUUUGCAUCGAGGGAAUCGGUUCGAACGGCGACCUGAAGAUGCACACUUCAAAGCAGCCUUCGGAGAACUCUGUGGCCGCCCGGAUCCUCCGGCGUCUCCGUUCUGUCUCGCCGAACAAGACCGUCGAUCUAGUCACCAAGAAGAUCAGCCUCACCGCCGUCAAUUCUUGGGAGCACGAGAAGUCAUUCUUCAACCUUUUACAACCUUUUUAUAUUCAACAACAAAUAAUUUGAUUGGAAACAGCUUUUUGGAAACGUUCAGUUUUUGAGUUUCUGAAUCUUGCAGAUUCAACAUCAAGCGGCUUCCAGCUGUUACCAUUUCUUCAUUCGGAUCUCCCACCGACAGUUUGAGAAACUCGGUUCUCGAUGGACCUUCCAAUAUCAACCUUGACGAUUUGAUGGCCAAUAUCAGGUCUGUUUUUUUUUCUGAACUGUUUUGUUCGAAAAAACAGAGAGAAAAUCAUCAUUUCCAUCAUGGGUAUUCGAAAAAAAAAAUUCAUUCAAAAAAAAAAUGAGAAACAUGAAAUAUUUAAAUCUUGCUAUGAAGAAGGGCACAAUGUCUCAAAAAAAAAACUCGUUGAUUGUCUUUUCAAGGAUUAAUGAAUGAAAUACAGAACUAUUGCCGAAGCUGUGUUGGGACACAUGCUCUCGUUGCCCGAAGGGGGCGUGUCUGGCGAUGUCCGAGUGACGUCAGAGACGACGAUGCUGUCGCGCGACGCGGUCGACCGCCAACGGGUCCAUCAUUUUGUCCGGCAAUUCGCCAGCAAGCCUCGCCCGGUCGGCGACAAAGUCGCCACAGAGUCCGCGUCUGCGAACAUUGCCGUCGCAGCUUCCAGCUACGCACAGGUGAGAGGUGAAAAGUCAAAUUUUCAAAAUAUCCUCACUUUUGAGGAAAUAAAGGUCAGUGAAGUUUUUUGGGUAAUAAUUCAAUAGAAGGAAUAAGAAGGGCUUUGAAAUUUUUUUAAAAUCUUGCAGCGGAUCCGUUACGGUCUUUCACAAGUCUUCACUAUAUGCAGUAAUUCUAUCAGUAAUGAAAGAAAAACACGGUUCAUAGACCAUCCUUAAAUGUUAGUUGUUAGGGCGCGCCUAACUUGGGGAGAAACUUUCCUGAAACAGCAUAAAUUUGGCUCCUAGAAAAGUGUCAGGAAAGUUAUUUGAACCUUACACUAGUUCUUUUGAUGUUUUUUAAAUUUCCGUCGAUGCAUAUUGAAAUUACAACUCUUGAGACAAUGAAUCAAAUCUUCAAAUUGGUCUCUCUCUAAAUAAUCAAAUAAAGAGCUGAUAGACCUGAUAUGGACAUAUUUUUCCAAUUUGCGGUGAGUGCAUUCACUAGAAUUGCGUAUUUUCUGUUAGAAUAUGCGCAGAUCAAUAAAUGAAUAGUUUAUUUAUUUUUUUUCCAUUUCCGCGUAUUAAUGCUUCAAACAUUUUUUGAAGGAUUAAGCGCCCAUCUAUGAGAAAACUUCUUCUAGACCAAACAGGAAAUCGCAGAACUUUUAAGAUAUGCUCUCAAUUCUGCUCGAAUAAUGUUUUCUCAUUCUCACACUUUCAGGUUUCGGUAUCUCAAGUGACGUUCUCGGACGUGAAAGUCUACGGCGGAGUGGCUAACAAGGUGGUAGCCGAACGGGUGAAGCCAGCCGUUUUCGAACUCGUAAUCGCUGCGGGUGUCUCCGCGUAUCUCUAUGCUUUCUACUUUGUAUGUUUACUUACAUAUAAUCCCGAAUUUUAUCAGAAUGGGUCGAUUUUUUUUUUCUGAAACCGUUUCUCAAUUUUCGAAAAAAGAAAGAAAGAGAGUUUGCAUAACCCCAUUAAAAUAUUCCCUAUUUGCAGACAGCGACUCAUGCGCAACGCUUCGUAGAAGGCGCCGUACACAAAAUCAAAAAAAGCCUUUAG